AUGGAUUAUCAGCACGAGAGUAAACUACUAUUGGCUAUAGUAGAACGAGGUACUGCUGAGCAACUUUUUACAUUUCUACAAGGAUUUCAUCGAAAACCUUUUCAAAAUCUCAAUGAUGUUAUAACAUAUAAUGGAGUUAUUGAUGAUCAAAUUGAUUUUAUUGAUUGUACAGGUACAAAAUAUAAUAUAACACCAUUGAUUAUCACUGCAGGAAAAGGUUCAUAUGAAAAAACAAAAAUUCUUCUUGUUCACGGAGCUAAUCCAAAUAAACAAUGUGCAACAGGCGAUACAGCAUUAAAUCUAGCUAUUCAUCGCCAGAAAUAUGUUAUUGUGGAAUUACUUCUUCAAUAUUGUGCGAAUCCAAAUUUAUAUAAUCAAUUCGGUAAAACAGCAUUGCAUCGUGCUGUUGUAUCAUAUACUAAUGAAAAUAUCGAUCAUUUUCAAACAUUACUUGAUGCUGGAGCUGAUCCAAAUAUUCAAGAUCGAAAUCAACGAUUACCACUUGAUGAAGCUGUCAUCGCCAAUAAACCAGAUAUGAUGGAAGUUUUAUUAUCUCAUGAUCGAACAUUAGUUCAACGAGCAUAUCGAGCAGCUAUUAUUGCUUCUCGUCUUGGUCAUAAUAAAUGUUUGAUAACAUUAUUUAAUCAUGGAAUGGAUCCAAAUAUAACCGAUCAAACACAGACAACGCCACUUCAUGUUGCAGUUCGCUCAUUAAAAUUAUCUACUGUUCAACUUUUGAUUGCAAAUGGUGCUAAUCAAAAUAUAGCGAAUAAUCGAUAUGAAACAGCUUUGAGUAUAGCUGAACAAAUACAUCCAGAUCAACGACCAAAUUUUAUGAAUAUUCUUGUUGAUACACCGCCAACAACAUCAUUGAAAUCGCAUACAAGUACAAUAGGUAAAAAUAUAGAAAAUAUUCCUUCGAAUAUUUAUCCAUUACUUCAUAAUCAUAAAAAUUGGACAAUGGAAACUGAUGAAUAUCGAAGUCAAACAGCUGAAACUUCUUCUGUACAAAAUUUACUUGAUGUUUCUAUUCAAACAUAUUGGUGUUCUACACAGUCUAACAAUGCAUGGGUUAUAUAUGAUUUCAAACAUGAACAUAAUAUAAAUGGCAUUCGGAUAAUUGGAUGUGGUAAUCCUUCAACACCAAAAAAUGGUCAUAUUGAUGUAUCAAAUGCUUUGAAUGGUCCAUGGCUUAAAGUCAAAGAUUUUACUUGUUUACCUUCAGAAGAAAACAAGAAUGAUUUCUUUUUUCCCUCAUUAAUAACUCGAUUUAUUCGAGUUUUUAUUUUGGAUAAUUACGGUGGUGAUGAUAUUCGUAUACAAGGCAUCGCUUUUUUUGGCGUUGAUAUGCGUUUAGUUAAUCUAUUACAAGAAUAUGGAUUGGAAAACAAGCUUAAUACAUUGUUAAGGAAUGGUAUAAACGAUCCGGAAACAUUAGAUGAAAAUCGAGAUGAAAUUUUAAAUUCAUCUGAUAAAUAUUUACAUGUCAAUGAUCAUUUUCAAUUAAUACAUUUAACCGAAUCAUUAAAAUCACCUCAAUUGACUUUUCUCGAAUGGCAUAAUCCACCUCAAACAACUGUAAUUGCCGGUGAAAAAUUACAAACAUUCAGUGUUGUUGGUGAUGAAGGCAUUACAGAUCGUGUUAAAUUGGAAGAACAACUUGAAAAUAAUUCACAAACAACAACGAUACUUAUGAAAGACCUUGAACCAAUUCAAGGCCGGUCAUUAGUAGACUUUCCUGAUUAUAUUAUUAAAUAUCCUGGAAGAUAUAAAAUUCGAGUUGUUAGUAUCGAAUCGCCUAAUAUUCACACAUCCUGGCAAGAAAUUAUUGUCGAUCCACCAUAUUAUUUUUCAUUAACGAAAAAUUCGUAUACAACAGUCAAUUCACAAAUGUCUUAUAAUCCGCAAAAUAUAAAUAACCAUGAACAUUUUCAUCCGCUACCAAGUACUGAUGAAGAUGAUAAUGACUGUGAUAGUCAUUAUAAUUCUAGAUUAAGAAAAAAAAAAAUUUUGACACCAUCAAAAUAUCGUUCUGGAGCUCGUACACCAUUAUCAAAUAUUUCUCCAACAAAUAAUUUCGAUAAUCAAAGCGAACAAAGCGACGAAGAAGAGCCCAUAUAUGUGCCAAGAUGUUUAACACCAACUAAAUAUCGACGUGAAAGCAUACGUAACGACGCGUUACAUAAACACGAAAACAUCGUUCAUUCACAACAGUAUGGAACUCAUGACUCACAAUUUCAAAAUCCGAAUCAACGGGAACGACAACACCAACUAUCAACGUCACAACGAUUCGACGUUACAACACCACCGCCACAAGAUCAGAGACCUUAUGAACGACAACGUUCACCACACGAACAAAACGGUUCAUAUUCACAAAUGCCAUAUGCAACUCGACCAGCACCACCACUACCAUCAUCAUCAUCACGAAAUGAAUACAUCGGACGAACACCAUCAGAAGAGCGAAAUGAUUCAGUAUCACAGGCACCACAAAAUACUGGACCAUCACCAUAUGAACCGCGUCACGAACAGCAAACGACAACGCAAGAAGGAAAUGAUUCAUAUUCACAAAUGUCAGGAACAACUCGGCCACCACAGUCGCAAUAUUCAAGCGAACACAUAGGACAAUCAUCAUCAGGAAAACAAAAUAACUCAGUAUCAAAAAGACCACCAGCUAUUGAUAAUACUGACCAAGAUCAUUUGAAACCAUUUCUUAAUCAAUAUAAGGUCAUCUCAGGUGAUAUGGAAUUCAUUCAAAAUUUAUCCAAUCAUAGUUCACAUACCGAUGAAUAUAAACCUGAACAAAUGCAAUUCAUAUUUAAAGGUACUGUUCAAGGUUCUGCAGUACAAGAACGUGCAAGACAAUCUAUGCAAGAUAUAGCAGGAAAUCGAAGUCGUACUCCUACAUUAUCUAAUAAUAUUGAUCAAAAUCAAUCACAUCCUUCCAAAAAAAGUGCUCUAUCAGCAGCUGAUGCAGAUCAACUAAAUCAAAAUACAACAUCCCUAGAUGAUGGUCAAAGUAAACUUAAAGGAGAAUCAGACCGAAGAGCAGGAUUGAAUUCUAGUUCGAAGGCUAACCGUUUACCAUCAGCAAUGGCACCAGACAGCGAUGAUGAUACAUAUUCAGUUCCAUCAAAUAAUCAACAGAAGAAUCAAUCAGUUUCAUUCAAUGAACAUGCACCAUCAGAUCAAAUUACAAGUAAACCAAACAAACAUGCAGAUGGAGAAUUUCCCCAGUCAUACUAUCCGUCUUCUUCAAUUCAUACCUCUUCUAAGCAGCAUGUCAAUCAUGCGCCAGAUCCAAAAAAAUAUUUUUUUGGUUCAUCCACUAAACAUCAAUUAUCAGACAACAAUAGCGAUAGUGAUGAAGAAAGCAUAGCUAUUGGGCAUAGUCAUCAAGAACUACUCGCAAAUUCAAAUACACAGCCUAGUCGUAAUUAUCCGGACAAUACAUAUCAUGACUAUAUAUAUGAUGACAGAAAUGCUGAUGAUGGUCGGUUUGCACAACAAAGCGAUGUUGCAACAACAACUAAUGAUACACCAACUAAUACUACUACUCGUCGUUAUAUGAACCUUUCCAAUGGUACAAAUGAAAAUAUUACAAAUUCUAUUAUAUUAUCAAAUCGAAUUCCACCUCAAUAUCAUGCUGAUAAUAAUUAUUCUAAGACAGAUAUUAGCAGUACUAUACAACCGAAUCGAUCAUCAGAAAGAUAUGAACAAAUUCAAAAUAAUGAAAAUCAGGGACCUUAUGAAAUGGAUAAUAAUUCUGCAAUUGGUAGUGAUGAUCCUACAUAUCGUAAUGAUAUUAAUGUUAAUGGCAAUGAGACAGAUGAUUACGAUAUAAGUACUUCGGUACAUCGUCCACCACAAGUUGAUGGUUUGGUAAGACCAAAUCCAGUUUAUCCCGCAUUAAAAGAAACGGAAUCAAACGAAUCUAUGACUCAAUCUUAUUCAUCAACAGCUCCCGUGAAACCCAAAAACAAAGAAAAACAAGGAUUCAUAUCUAAAAUUCUCGGUAAAAAGCCGCCUGAGAUAACUCUACGAACAGGAGAGGGACAAAAUUUGUAUACUCAUGGUAUUAUACAGCUCAGACCACAUUCGCCACCAACAACUGAUAUCACUGAUGAGAUAACUAAACAAGACUCAUUUGAUAAACGAUAUACAUCUUUUCAUACGCCAGAUCCAUAUUUAUAUAAUUUGCGUGACACUUACGAAGGAAACGAAGAAAAUUUAGAUCCAAUGCCUGAUACACAACAAUACAAUCGUUCAGCUAAAGCAGGACAACAAAUAGUUGCAAAGAAUCAUCGUACUCAAACAGAAAUAAGAUCAACACGAAAUGUCGGCACAAUGUGUGAACUUAGUAAAGCAAAUAUUGUUAAUAAUGGAAUACUAUCACAACAAUAUAAAACACAUCGUCCGGAAAAACUUCAUCAACACACAGUACAUGAUCCAAUGAUCAAUGGACAUGACAAUCUACAUCAAACAACAUCUUCCAGUCAUCAACACCAGCCAUCAAAUUCAUCAAAAUAUGAUCCAAUGAUCAAUGGACAUGACAAACUACAACAAACAACAUCUUCCAGUCAUCAACACCAGCCAUCACAUUCAUCAAAAUAUGAUUCAAUGACCAAUGGACAUGGCAAUCUACAACAAACAACAUCUUCCACUCAUCAACACCAGCCAUCAAAUUCAUCAAAAUAUGAUCCAGUGAUCAAUGGACAUGACAAAAUACAACAAACAACAUCUUCCAGUCAUCAACACCCGCGAUCACGUUCAUCAGAAUAUGAUCCAUACAUUUUUGGUCAAUUAAACAUAAUAGAAGAUGACAAUCUAGAUCGAACUUCUAAUUCACAAAAUCGACAAUAUCCCCCUCGACCAAGUCGUCGAAGUCCUCCACGAACACCACCAUCAUCACAAAUUCGACCCUUAUCACCUCCUCAACGAUCACAUUCUUCAUCAUUUUCAAAUAAUAAACCGUCUCCACGUAAAACAAAACCUCGAACACCAACAGCCACAAUUGAAACUGAUACUAGUCUUGAUGGUAUGAAACAUCCAGUUCAUGUCGGUGUUCAAUCAGAUCCACCAUCAACAAAACAUAAAAGAACAUCAAUUCACGCGGAAGAACUACCGCUACCUCAAAAUAUCUAUCCAACGACUACCCAUCCAAAACGAACAAAUUCAUCCUCAACACAAAAUCAAGACAACCUCAUAGACGUACAAAUUGUAUCACCAAAACAAAAAGAUGAUCAAAAUCGAACUCCAACGAAAGGUCAUCUUACUAAUUAUGAAGAAAAAAAAACACCAAAAGGUAAAAAAUUACUUUUAUAUAACUAUAAUCUUGUUUAUAAUCAACUUACAAUAUAUUUUUCAGAUACAAAUAAGAAUAAUUAUAAUCAAUAUGAAGAUAUCCCCUUCGAACAAGUACCAAAUAAAAAAGAAAAACCAUAUGUUUUACGCCAUAGUUAUAUCCAAGAAUUACCGAGCAGUUCUACAACGUUAAUACCAACAGAUGUUGUUCAUCAUUCUAGUACAUCUCAUCAAAAUCAAAAAGCUCCAGCACGUCCCCAACCAAUUCAUUAUGCUGAACAGAAACAAAUACCACCUGUAACAGAGCCGCGUCCACUUCAUUUUGGUACUCAAAAUAUUAUUACACAUCCACCAAAUAAUGAAGUUGCAACUCCAAUUGAAAAAGAAAUUAUUUAUGAACGAAAUCGUAGUUUUACAUUCAAUAAUCAUGAGAAUUUAAAUUCUAAAAAGAGACCAUUAUUUUUAAUGCCUGUAAUCAAUUCAUCACGAACAUAUGUUGUUGAAAAACAAACACCACCUGAUAAUACUAUUAGAAAAUCACGAAUAAAUAGAAAUUUUUUCUUAGCAAAUCCACCAACAUUACGUCCAUUGAGAAAAACAUAUCAAAGUGUUGAUUCUGGAAUUGAUCAAUCAGCACAUAUUCAUGAUUCGAAUGAUUUUUUUGGACAAAAUUUAGGAACACAAGUUGUUUAA